AUGUCGUUAGAACGUUUUAAUUUUAAUACAUUCGACAAUAACACAGAAGAUUGGGAAUACUAUAUACAAAGAUUUGAAAUAGAACUGCAACUCCAUGGCCUGGACGGAAGAUCCCCAGAUUGCAAUAACAAGAGGAAACAAUUACUUCUCUCCCGAGUUGGUUCAACAGCUUUCAAGAUACUUGUGGAUUAUUUUCGCCCAUCUGCAGUAACGUCAAAAACCUACGAUGAACUUGUCAAAGUACUUCAUGAAUAUUACGGCAAAAAAAGGUAUGUCCUUUCCGAACGAGUAUCUUUUGCAACAAGAUAUAGAAAUGAAAACGAAACAAUUUCACAAUUCAUAUUACAACUUCGUUCACUCGCCGGGUACUGUGAAUUUGGUAACACACUAGAAGAACGUAUUAGAGACCAAUUAGUAAUUGGUAUCAAUAAUGUUGUAUGGCAACAAGAACUUAUAAAAGAACACCCAACAAAUGAUUCCAAACUCGCUGAUGUUAUAGCUACAUUGAACAAACUAGAACAAGCAGAAAUCCAGAGCCAACAACUCAACAAUAAGUUAGUUGAAAUGUUAUAUGAUCCUGGAGCUGUACGCUCCGUCAUUGGUAAAAGACUUUGGGAAACAAUUGGACGGCCAUCAUUAAAAACAUGUAAGAAUCUUGUUGCCUAUACUGACGUUAAGAUUGAAACGUUAGGGGUUUGUGACAUUUCCGUGAAGGCUUUCAACACAGUGAAAGUAUUGUCGGCUUAUGUGACACAACAUAAUGACCUGCCAUUAUUUGGCUUAGAUUGGUGUCUACAAUUCAACUUGCCUAUGCCACCUGGUGCCCGUCUGUGCAACAUUAAGGAACCCACAACAAAAACGAAGUCCGAUAUGAACACUAAAGAUAGCUAUGAGAUUGAUCUUAUUCUAAAAGAUUUUGAAACAUUGUUUGACGGAAAGUUGGGAACAAUUAACUGUCAUAGCGCGAAAAUCCAUAUUCCCAGUAAUAUACGACCGAAGGCAUUCCGGCCGCGACCAGUUCCUCUCGCAUUACAAGAACAAGUCAAUGAGGAGUUGAAGCGUUUAGUACGUGAGGGGGUCUUAGAACAAAUAGACACCAUGGCAACGCCGAUUGAGUGGGCAUCACCCAUAGUUAUUGCGAUAAAAUCAAAUGGAAACGUACGCAUCUGUGCUGAUUUCAAGGUAACAAUCAAUCAAUACGUACAAGUAGAUGAUUACCCACUACCGAGAUUUGAAGAAAUUACCUCAAAACUAGCAGGAGGACAAUUAUUCACUAAAAUAGACCUUAAGGAUGCCUAUCUUCAACUAUUGGUACAUCCAGAGUCUAGAAGGUACUUAACUAUCUCAACACACAAAGAUUACUUCCAGUAUAAACGAUUACCCUUUGGUAUAUCUUUUGCACCAGCAGUUUUCCAAAGAAUCAUGCACCAAAUUCUAAGUGGGUUGGAUGGGGUUGUAUGCUACCUCGAUGACAUAUUAAUUACAGCUGGUACUCGUCAAGAACACAUAAAACGAGUCAGAACAGUAUUACAAAGGCUACAAAAAGCAGGUAUCAAAAGUCAAAUUUCCAAAUGUUCUUGGUUACAGGAAAGUGUGACUUUUCUCGGUCAUAAAAUUGACAAAAAUGGGUUACAUCCAACAUCAGAACGAGUUGAAGCCAUCAAGAAGAUGCCUACUCCAACCAACGUAGCUGAAUUACGAUCCUUUUUGGGUUCUAUUACAUAUUAUGGUAGAUUUAUUGACAAUUUACAUGUUAGAUGCGCCCCCUUGUAUCGCCACUUAAAAAAGAAUCAAAAGUGGGAGUGGACCAUCGAGGACACGCAAAUAACAAACGAUCUGAAAAACACUCUGACAUCGAAUGAAACCCUUGCUCACUAUGAUGAGAGUAAACCCAUCUACGUCAGCAGUGACGCUUCCGAUAAGGGAGUUGGUGCAGUCCUUUUCCAUAAAAUAGACAAUACAAUGCGACCCGUCGCUUUUGCUUCCAGAACAUUAUCUGAAACGGAACGUAGAUACUCAACAAUCGAUAAAGAAGCAUUAGGUAUUGUCUACUCAGUAACAAAGUUCCACCAAUAUCUCUAUGGUCGGAAAUUUACUCUUUUAACGGACCACAAACCUCUCGAACCCAAGGAAAAUAGCCCAGCUGAUGUAUUAUCAAGACUGCCACUACCUAAUUGUGAUACAACAAUAGAAGAACGAAUAGGAUUGCCGAAAUUUUCACAUCUCCUACACCUUAGACUAAGUAACAUACCUGUAACAAAACAUGAGCUCAGAAAAGAAACACGUAGCGAUACAAACCUUAACAAAAUUAAACAAUAUCUAACGAACCACUGGCCAGAAAAGAAAGAACUAUCAAACGAUAUGCAUACAUAUUACGAAAAAAGAGAACAAAUGUCAUUUGAAGAUGGAAUAAUUUUGUGGAACGGAAGAUUAUGUAUACCCAAGAAGUUACAGUCUGCUAUGCUUGAAAUGUUACACGACGGACAUAACGGCGUCAAUGCUAUGCAGUCACUAGCGAGACUGCAUGUUUAUUGGCCAAACAUAGACAAAGACAUCCAAAAUUUCUUAAAACGGUGCACACUCUGUCAAGCUUCAAGGAGUAAUACUAAUGCUGCGCCAGUGUAUCCUUGGGGAGUUCCACCAGAACCGUGGUAUAGGUUACAUAUAGAUUUUGCGGGCCCAUUUUUUGGAUAUAUGUGGCUCAUAGUGAUAGACGCCUAUACUAAAUGGCUAGAGAUUAUACCAAUGAAAUCAACAACAUCGAGAUCAACAAUAUCUCAUCUAGAUACUAUAUUCGCAACAUUUGGCGUGCCCAAAUAUAUCGUUACCGAUAAUGGUCCUCAAUUUAUAUCUGACGAGUUUAAAACUCACUGUCAAAAUAUUGGUAUAACACACAUUAGAACGACCCCAUACCACCCUAGAACAAACGGAUUAGCAGAACGUGCUGUUCGUACAUUUAAAGAACGUUUGUUAGCUUCGGACAAGAGUAUCGAUUUGCAUGAACGACUUAGCAGGAUCCUUCAAGCUUAUAGGAACACAACCCGUCGAUCAACAAACCGAACUCCUUUUGAAGCAAUGUUUGGAAGGCCAAUGCGUACUACCUUCGAUUUAUUAAAACCCAACAUACAAGACGACUUAGAACGGAUGAGGCUGUAUAAAGAAUUAAGACCAACACAGAAGGUAGUCGUUCCGCCAACAUACAAACACGGAGAUAAAGUUUGGGUAAAUAAACCCACAGGGAAGGGAUCUGAUGCAGGUAUAAUAAUAAAACGCAACGGACCAUAUUCCUAUGAGGUACAGUUUUCGAAUGGAGUCCGACAGCGCAAACAUUCCGAUCAUUUACGCCCAAGACUAUCUAGCAGUCAAGAUGGCAUUCCAGCAUAUACUCACUAUCAACGAAUCACAAAUAGAGAAGCUCGACUACAACAUAGUGGUGAUUGUGGAAGACAAUCAUCACCAGUACCCUCUACCAGCAGGCAACAUCCUGAAGGUUCAACACCACAUGAUGGUAUUUUUGUUACCAACUCAGCAUCGAGGAACGAUGAAAUUACCCCUACUGAUCCGCGGCCACAGUUACCACGUCGCUCGCUACGCCAGCGGAAAAUACCAGCACGUUACGGUUUCUAA